AUGAAAAUUCAGAGAACUAAGAAGGAAGCCUGGGAGUACCUUGCCAAAUGGCGAAGAGAUGCAUGGAGUCGGGCCUUCUUCCCUACCCAACCAAAAUGUGACAACAUAUGUAACAAUGCUUGCGAAGUAUUCAAUGCAAGAAUCAAGGAAGCAAGGGCUAAACCAAUUAUCACACUACUCGAGGAAGUUAGAAUGUAUAUCAUGAGGACAAUAGCCCGAAACAAAAUGAAAUUCAAGAACCAUGUUGGGUUACUACCCCCUAUUCAACGUAGCCGCUUGGAAAAGAUCAGGAAUGCUUCAAAGAAUUGGCUGCCAAUGUGGUCCGGAGAUGCGAACUAUGAACAAUUCGAGGUACAUAGGUGGCCGACAAACAUGGUAGUGGACUUGGGAAAGGCAAUAUGCACCUGUGGACUUUGGCAACUAAGUGAGAUGCCCUGUGUCCAUGCUUGUGCUGCAAUGGCUAGGGCAGGCAGGCAGCCCGAAGACUUCUGUCAUAGAUGGUUGACAAUGGAUGCAUACAAUGACACCUAUGCAUUCCAUAUCAAUCCUAUUCCUGGCCAGAAACUAUGGGAGAAGUCUCUUCACAAUAGACCACAAGCACCCAAAUUUAAGAAGAUGCCAGGGGCACCCAAGAAGAAAAGAAGAAAGGGAGUCGAUGAAGGCCCGGUUGGAGACAAGAAGCAGAAGAUCACCAAGAUGAAGAGGGUAUAUAAAGAGGGUUCAUGCCGUCAUUGUGAUGGCAAGGGUCACGACAAGAGAAAUUGUGCUAAGAAGAAGGCUGACGACGAGGCUGCAGCUGUGGCAGCUGCGGCAGCUGCUGCUAGUGAAGCUAAUACAGGAAAUUAG